GAUUCACAAAAUGAUGAAUUCUCAAACUUUGUCAAAUAUAUUACGGUAAUAUAUUUUAAAAAUAUAUAAUGUAUGCCAUUUCGUGUACUGUGGACACAUGUUUUGUCCUAGUAACUAUAAAAAUCGUGAAACAAGCAGACAAGAGAUUGGUAGCAUUCGAAAGACAUAUGGAGAAACCGGAAACGGAAAUGAUAGACUUGCAACUACAUCAAACGUAAACAAACGAAACCUAAAAUGCUGUGAUCUGAAUCGUGUUAAACAAAUGAAUUUCUUUCACGGAUAUGAGAGGUUACUGUUAACUUUUGUUUUUGAAAUUCUUCUGUUAGCAACAUGUGUCUUUGGCGACAAGAGUCUGACGUUUGUGGCCAGCAUGAAAGCGAAGCACAGUGGUCAAAUCUGGAUCCGGGCCGCUGUGGACAGUGCCACGCAUGGCAGUAUAGCACUUCUGUCGUGGGCGGUCGUAGAGAUGACGUCACUGAGUAACAUCAACGUGAAGACCUUAACGAACUGUCUGGUGUGUGCCGGUUUGGCAUUACUUGUUGAUUUAGAUCACUUCAUGGCAGCCGGAUCCUUCAGGUUAAAGGAUGCUCUGUCACUCAGCAAGAGACCUCCAUUCCAUGCUACGACGAUCAUCCCUGUUGUGUUUCUAACUCUACUGUGUACGGGAUACACUCUCCAGUCAAAACAGACUAAGAUGUUUUCUUUUAUUUAUUUGACUUCAUGGCUUUCUCACCACAUACGGGAUGCCACGAGGAGAGGUUUGUGGUUGCCUCCCUUUGGCAGCACUCUUCCUCUUCAUUACUGGAUGUACAUAUUCCUUAUUCUUUUCCUCCCUCUGUGUAUAAGAACUUGUAUGUGGUAUUUUGUACUUUAUGUGGAUGUGCAUACUGGCGGUCAUGACCCCAGUCACUCAGUUUCGGCUACUAUAGACCAAAUAUAAACUGUAGUUGAAUUUCACUGCGUUUAGCCUCACUUUCCAUUAAAGGGAUAUUCCUGAGUCUUUUGUAUUGUAAGAUGUUUCCGACUAAUAAAAUAUUUCUACAAUUAAACUUACAUAUUAAAUAUAUUUUUUUGUUUAGAAUAUCAA